UGUCUGCCGGUCGGUCUCCGGGGCACCAGGCCACCUGCUGUUUCCACGCUAGAGUGCUGCCUGACCGGGUGCUGGCUGAACGACCUGGGCUCCAAGAUGUGGAUCGGGAACGUGGAGGCGGACGGCAGCUUCUCUGGCGAGUACCAAACGGCCGUGUCCAGCACAGAGAAACCCAUCAAACUUGCCCGGCUCAACGGCUCCCAGAACAAAGCCAGCACAGAGCAGCCCACCUUCGGCUUCACCGUCAACUGGGACAGCUUCUCAGACUCCACGACCGUCUUCACGGGCCAGUGCUUCAUGGAUGAGGACAAGCAGGAAUCCCUGCAGACCAUGUGGCUGCUGCGCGAGAAGGCUGAGUUCGCAACGGACAACUGGAAAGCGACCACGGUCGGCACCAACGUUUUCACCCGGGUCAAAUGAUGGAGCGGGGGCGAAUCCGCGAGGAGCGACGGCGCCCGGUGACCCAGCAGCCCCAGGACCACGCUCUGCAGCCCCGGCUCCGGCCCCGCCCUGCCGGGAUUGUCUGGGCCCCCAGGCAGCAGGGCCAUUUGCCAGGGCUAAUCAGACACG